UAGCCGUGAAUUUCGUGCGCCGCCUCGGCCAUCUGAAACGGCCAGAGCUGGUCGCGGCUUCCCCUGAUCCGCUCCCCUCCUGCAUCUCUGUUACAAAACAACUUGCACACCGCGCUUCGACGGCACCCUCCAACUCACAACAAUCUUCCACCAAUCUGUUCGACCGACCUGGCCCUUUCUCCGUUCAGCCUGUUCAGCGUGUUGAGCACGCGGGCCCUUCACAUAUCCUCCGCUAUAGCGCGACUCGACUAUGUUAGCGUUUCAGACCAUGAACACGAAGCGGCGUAGAGAGGACGAUUCAGAUUCUGAAGACGAGCGCUAUCUGAAGAAAUCUCGAUCGUGGAGCAUCCAACAACACAAUGGACAGUCGCACUAUCCCUCGCGUGCGCACCUCCCUCUGCGGCCCUCCAUCACGCCCUCGCCACCGCAGAUGGUGCCAAAUCUGGGGGCAAUGACGCCUGAGGAGUCGGAACACAGCGAAGCAGGCUCGCCCGCCUCCAUUCAUGACGAUCUGCCCCUUCUAUUCUCGCCGCAGAACGAUAUGGACUACGCGAUGCAAAUGGACGAAGACGACCCGGAUGUGAUCGCCAGUCAGCCCCCAGACUCGCCCUUCAUUACCACCAACUUCCGACCAGCGAAACUGAAUGCAGACCUCUUCAGCCGGGACCCCGCCGCGAACAACACUGGUCGGAUACCGACGCCCAUAUAUCCCAACUUCCACACAGGUGCUAUGAGCGGGCUAGGGUAUCCGGGCAGCGGCCUAGCGGGGGGCAUGAGCAUGAGCAAUGGAUAUCUCGGAGCACCGUCCAGCAAUACACCGGCGACGAGGCCACCACCGGUACGGCAGCAGAGCAGCCAGGCGGACCAGGAUCGGAGCCGUCGCAUGCCAUCGCCCAUCUCUGAGGACGAGGAUAUUCCAGACACGCCGACCGCUCUUACGCAGUCGCAACUAUCACGUCUCAGUGUGACGUCGUCUGAUAGAAUGGAUGCAGAAAUGGCACAGCCGACGGCCCCAACGCCAACUCGAGGCCGGAAACGGAGCGGCGCACUCACGGGCAUGCCCCGCUUCAGCAUGGGGUAUCGAGAUGACUGCGAAAAGUGCAGGCAGAGGGUGCCAGGUCACUAUUCGCACUUCUUGCCGUGACCUCCCCGUAUUCAGGGUUAGCAAAGCCACUUUAGAGCUAGUAAUAGCAGUGCUCUUGUAUACGUGCUAGGGGCGCUAUAUGAACAAUGUCCGGAACGUACAUGGGAAUUGAUAACUCGCAUCACGAGGUGCAUCGGCGUCUUACAGCAUCGGUCAAAAGCGCACUGGUUGGAUAUAGUGCCUGGGUUUAUGAACGGACAUCACGGGGGUUAGACUUGCGUUUGGCGUUCAGCGAAGCAUUGCUUUCUAUUCUUAUAGUGCACAAAUAUCAAUAUCGCACGAUGAUCACCAUCACCAUCGCCUUGUCACAACGAGAAUAUUUUAUCUCAGCAAACAUCCAUGGAGAUUCUGUCCGCGUAUCACUUCGACCUCUGUUCUCGCUAAUCUCGCAUUUGAUCGUUUCCGUGAGCUUCCAACCCGAGAUAUCUGCAGG